AUGGCGAUGCGCCUGCGCGACGGGCGGGAGUUGCCUGCCAUCUGCCCGGCCAGCGCCGACCCGGCGACGGACGGGGCCGAGCCACCGCGACGCGCUCGCAAGGCACCGCCGGCCAUGAAGCGGUGCCGCUCCACCGCCUCCCCGGUGUGCGGUGCCCUGUGCCCGAACGCGAAUAAGAAGUGCCCCGAGUGCGGAUACCUCUUCGUGAAGCCGCGCCACAAGGGCCCCAGCCCCGCGGUGCGCCGGCUGGGCACCAAGGCCGGCGUCCGUAGGCGGAUGAUCGACGCGACCGCCGUCCACCUGACGGGCACUCCGCAGUCGAUCGCUCCGUCCUGCGCGGACGUCACGCGGCCGAUCCUGGUCGCCCGGGCGCUGCUGCUGGUCGUGUGCGAGCGCGACCGCGCGGCGUCCUUCUCGCUGGACAAUGCGGCGGGCUGGCUGGUCGCCCAGGGCGCAGGCUCCACCAUCCACGUCGCCACCUCCGAGCCGGCCGCAAAACGGUUCCUGGCGGAGCACGCGGGGGACCUGCGGGAGGUGUUUGGCAAGCACUGCCGGGCGGAGGUGCGGCACUGCGGGCUGCUCCGCCAGGUCGACAAGCACGCGCUCGAGCUUCGGCGCGCGGCCGCGCCUCCACCCGCCAAGCGACCGCGACUGGCGCCCGCGUUCCGCGACCCCCCCCCUCCCGUGACGCGGAUCGUCGGCAGCGUCUUCCAGGACCACUUCGGCGGCCUGGAGCUUCUCCGCGGCCGGGAGGACGACGAGGGGCCCAGCUCCAGAGCGCGCUCGGACGCGCGGGUCCCUCCGCCGCGCACCGCCGGCGGCGGGUGCGUCGUCGCCUGGCGGCCAUCUGACGACCAGCACGUGGCGUACGGGAUCGCGGGGCGCUCCUGGACGCCGUCGCACGGCGACCGAGACGCGGAAGGCUCGCGGGGCGGUGGUGGGCGCGGCUCCGGGCGCGGGACGGUGCGCGUUCGCAGGUUGGCCCGCGGGACGGGCACGCUGCUGCAGGACGAGGCCGCACCCGACGAGCUGUUCCUGACCGAGGACGACGUCGACGUGGACCUGGAGGCCGUCGAGGUCGUCGCCCGCCUGCCCGACGGGCGCAUCCAGCCGCCACGACCGCGCCGAGCGGGCGGCGGCGCUCCGGGAAAGGAGUGCCACGUUGCACAUGCGCGGGGGAGGCCCCUGCGGCUGCGGCGCGACCUCGUCGCCGCGCGUGGCGCGUUCCGCGACCCGGACGCGGACGAGUUCGCGCUGCUGGGCGGAGGGGCGCGCGAUGCGGCCACCUCGCGCCCGCCCGACCUCCAGCGCCCGGGGUCCUCUGCGGCCGUGCGGAUCGAGCCGCUGCGCGCGCUCGACGUCUUCUGCGGUUGCGGAGGGCUCUCGGCCGGGCUCGAGGCCUCCGGCGGCAUCGUGACCGCCUGGGCCGUCGAGCGCGACCGGGCGGCGGCCUCCGCCUUCGCCGCGAACUUCCCCGACGCCCACGUGCUCGCGGAGGACGUCUGCAGCUUUCUGCGGCGGGCCUUCAGCGCCCACGACGCGGGCGACGGUGCCGGGGCGUCGCCGCCGGCCGCCGGCCGCGAAGAGGACGCGCUGCCGGGCAGGGGCGAGGUCGACCUGGUGUGCGGCGGCCCGCCGUGCCAGGGCUUCUCGGGCCUGAACCGCGACCCGAGAAGUCCGCGGUCGAUGUGGCACAACGCCAUGACGGCCGUGUUCUUGUCCGUCUGCGAGGUGUACAAGCCGCGGUUCGUUCUCAUGGAGAACGUGCCGCGCCUGGCCGCCCACGGCGACGGCCGCACUAUCGCCAAGGUCGUCCGCACCAUGAUCGACCUCGGCUACCAGGUCCGCCUCGGCGUCCUCCCCGCCAGCGCGUACGGCGCGCCGCAGCACCGUCCGCGCCUGUUCGUCGUCGGGGCGCGCGCGGGGGAGGGCCAGCGGCUCCCCGAGUGGCCGGCGCCGACCCACGUGUACCGCACGACGGGAAUCACCCUCUUCCCGCGCAGGAGCGACCUGGCCUGCCGCGCCCUGGGCCCCCCCGACCACGACAACCUUGCCCCCGCGGUGACCGUGCGAGACGCGAUCGGCGACCUCCCCGAAGCCCGCAACGGCGACGAUCCCGCACUGUGCGACCGCGGGGUGGAGUACGGCGGGCCCCCGACGAACGCGUUCCAGGCUCGGGCCCGCGGCGGCGGCGACGUGCUCUACGACCACGUCCCGCGGCCCCUGUCGUCGCGGCGGUGGAAGGACCUGUUCGGAGCGCCGCCUCCCGCCGAUGCGCAUGACCGCGGGGAGAACUCGGGCGCCGCCGCCCCGGGGGGGGCACCGGGAGCCCGCGGGGAUGGUGGGGUCGCCGCCGCCGGCAUCGCGGCGCCGCGCGCCGCGAUGUACCGGAUCGAUCCCGAUCAGCCUUCGCACACCAUCACCGCAGAUGCGAGGAUCACGAGCCCCUCGCGGCGCGUGCUCCACUACGACCAGCGCCGCAUGCUGACCGUGCGGGAGAGCGCGCGGCUGCAGGGCCUCCCCGACACGCUGCGCCUGGCCGGCCCCCUGGGGGACCGGUACCGUCAGGUGGGCAACGCCGUGGCGGGGCCCGCCUCUGGCGCUAUGGGCUCGUCCAUAGGCGCGAGCAGCCGCAGGUGA